UUUUUAUCAAAAAAAAUCAUCUUUUGAAGGUUGAAAGUAGCUCUGGAGCUGGUCUUAAUGAAAUGUCAAACACAAUUAUGCAAAAAUUCUGGGACUUUGCCCUUACUUUAGAGCCGUCAGGUGAUUAUGACACACAAAGUGAAAUGUCUGCACUCAUGGCAUCACCCCAUCAUUCCCUUAUCCCUGGGAACUCAUUCUCUUUCAAAUUUGAGGAUCGUAAGGGUUUUCUACAUCGGUUCAGUUGUGGUACUGAGAAUUUAAAUGAGCUUUUAUCAGCUGUGGUGCAAAGAAAUGCUUCUUGUAAUGAUCAUAGACGUCCUCAGCUUUUGUAUAAAGACGACGAAGGUGAUAAGAUUUUACUCGCAACUGACAGCGAUCUUAUUGCUGCUGUUAAAAGUGCUAGAUUACAAGGAAAGAAGGUGUUAAGAUUGCAUUUGGAUUUCUCCAAGUGCGAUCAAGAAUUAGCAAGUGUAAGUGGCAAGAAAAGUGGAGGGGUACCUCUUCACUUUGGUUUAUUGGCAGGUGCAGUUGUCCUCACUAGCAUCGACGUGCUUGUCUACAUAAAGCGCUCAAAAUUGUUACAAAGAUAA